AUGGAUUUCACGCUGCUGCUCGCCUUCUCCUCCUUUAUCCCAAUCAUCAUCGCCUCUGUUUCCGGGGACGAAGCUAUUGACUACUUCACGGUCUGCUCGCAGCCUUUCGAUUGCGGAAACAGAACCAACCUUUCCUAUCCUUUCUGGGCAACCGAUCACCGGCGGCGAGAGUGCGGGCAUCCGGAUUUCGAGCUGAUCGGAUGCGGAGACGGAAAUCAGCACCCUGUUCUCGUCGUAACAGAGUCCCUGCAUCUCCGCCUAAUUGCGGUGAAUCAGUCUUCAAAAACGCUGACCGUCGCCCUGCCAGAUUAUCGAUACACAGCUUGCCCGCGAAUCAACGCAACUCUGAGCAGCACGCUGCUCGCUCCUUCCCCACUCGAAGAUGCUGCCCUUCAGAAUCUGACCCUGUUCUUCGGCUGCCCGUCGCCGUCAGGUGCGUUGAUUCCGGAUACGAGGCUGUCGUGUUCGGCUGCCGGCGAUUCGGUCUCGUUCUACGCGAACGAGACGGUUGUGAGGGAUAGGGAUUUGGGAGGGCUGCUUGAGUCAUGCACAGGGAGAGUGGUUUUUCCGAUUCCGGCGGAUGUUGACGGUGGAAUCUGGAGGAGGGAUGGGGAGGCGCAGCUGCAGAGAGUUUUGGAUAGUGGAGUCAAUUUGUCGUAUAGCUAUGGAGGAUACCAAGUGCUGUGCGAGCAGUGUGGCGUGUCCGGCGGGUUGUGCGGCACGGCGGCCGGAGGGUCUAGUUUCUUGUGUCACUGCCUCGCCGGAUCCGAACCACUCAGCUGCCCUGUAUCAAUAGGCAGUGAUCCAAAUGUCAAGGUGAAGGUUGCGAUAGGUGUUGGAACGGCUGUUGGGAGUGUGGUCAUAAUGCUCAUUCUCUUCCUCUUUUAUCUUCGGCAUAGAAGGCAACAACAAUAUUCAGCUACCACUUCCUCGUUAUCUAGAAGCAUAUUUUCAGACCCUUCUUCAAAAUUGGAGGUUGAGAAGGGUGCUAGCAAGUAUUUUGGUGUUCAGGUCUUCACGUAUGCAGAACUUGAGGAGGCCACCAAUAACUUUGAUUCCUCUUAUGAACUUGGAGAUGGAGGCUUUGGUGCUGUAUAUUAUGGUAAACUCAAGGAUGGGCGAGCUGUUGCAGUGAAACGCCUAUACGAAAGCAAUUACAAGCGAGUUGAACAGUUCAUGAAUGAGAUCGAGAUUCUAACGCGCUUGCGCCAUCCUAAUCUGGUCUCCCUAUACGGAUGCACAUCUCGCCACAGCCGCGAGCUUUUGCUAGUGUACGAGUACAUCGCUAACGGCACGGUGGCAGAUCAUCUCCAUGGUGAAAAGGCAAAACCUGGAGCCCUGCCAUGGUCCACUCGAAUGAACAUCGCCGUGGACACUGCAAGUGCCCUCGCAUAUCUCCACGCCUCCGAGAUCAUUCACCGUGAUGUGAAGACAAACAACAUUCUCCUGGAUGAGAAUUUUGUUGUCAAAGUAGCCGAUUUUGGGCUGUCCCGGCUCUUUCCUAACCAUGUCUCCCAUGUCUCCACUGCUCCACAGGGGACACCCGGUUAUGUUGAUCCCGAGUAUCACCAGUUCUACCAGCUGACUAGCAGGAGCGAUGUUUUCAGCUUUGGAGUGGUCUUGGCUGAGCUCAUUUCAUCGAUGCCAGCUGUCGAUAUCACGAGGCAUAGACAUGAGAUCAACUUGUCUAACAUGGCGAUCAACAAGAUCCAAGGCGAUGCUCUGCACGAGCUUGUGGACCAGAGUUUGGGGUUUCAGUCGGAUGCUUUGAUAAGGAAGAUGGUGACGGCAGUAGCAGAGCUGACAUUUCAGUGUCUACAGAGUGAUAAGGACUUGAGGCCUUCAAUGGAUCAAGUGUUGUCUACUCUACAGGUCAUACAGAGAAUGGGGGACGAAUCAGAUGAAGCUGUGUCGUUGAAGAGUGUUGCUGUUCAGCACUUGCCACUAUCUCCAAAUUCUGUAAUUGGGAAAUGGGCUAGCGUUGGUACGACUCCUAACACCAGCAGUUGAAGCUUUGGAAGGAGAAGCAAUGCAGUUGAUGCAAGUACAUUUUCCCCCACGAUUGUUUUGAUGGUAUUUUGACGAGGAUGUAUACUAUAGUUGAAGGUCGUUAAUAGAUGUACAAAGCUAAGCAGCCGUUGUUAAAAGAAGAGUAGCUAAUGUGUUCCCCGAAACUAUUGUUAUGCUAUAGGACUAGUACAUUGGGCGGUACAGCAAUAUGACUUAUCUUUUUGAUAAGGAAACCAAUUUAGCAAUACAACUUAUCUGACAACCGAUG